CCCUGCCGGGACGCGCAAGGCGCGCGGGCGACCGCCCCCGGCGCCUGGUCGGCCGGCGCGCUCUGCCUCCUCUCUCUCGCUGCGCAAAGGCGCCCGGCUCGGCGGGGGCGCGCGCUUGAGCCUCUCGCUCCUUGGAGAGCUCCUGGGAGGCGGCGAGGGGGCAGACUUCCCUCCUCUGCCCACCCAGCGGCUGGAACCAACUUUGGGGGCGAAAGCGGGGUGCCGCGGAUCUCUUCUCUCUUGGCUUGGAAGCUCCUUUCUCGUGUCUCUUUGGCGCUCUCCUUUCCCGGCUGGGCUCUCCGCCUUUCUUGGGUUGUUAUUCGCCUUCCUUGCAUGGAUGCACCAUGGCCACCGCAACGCUGGUUUGCAGGGUGCAGUUCCUCGACGACACCGACCCUUUCAACAGCACCAAUUUCCCCGAGCCCACCAGGCCGCCGCUCUACACUUUCCGGGAGGAUAUCCCGCUGGGCACCCAGUUGGCCGGGGUGCACCGCCUGCUCAGAGCCCCGCAGAAGCUUGAUGACUGCACAUUGCAGCUGUCUCACAAUGGUACCUACUUGGAUUUAGAGUCUACCUUAGCAGAACAAAAGGAUGAAUUGGAAGGUUUCCAGGAGGAUUCUGGCAGGGGCAAGAAGCACAGUGUCAUUUUGAGGACCCAGCUUUCAGUCAGAGUCCAUGCCUGCAUUGAAAAACUCUACAAUUCAAAUGGACGGGAGCUGAGGCGGGCCCUCUUCUCCCUGAAACAAAUAUUUCAAGAUGACAAGGAUUUGGUUCAUGAAUUUGUUGUGGCAGAGGGCCUGACCUGUUUAAUAAAAGUGGGCGCUGAGGCGGACCAGAACUACCAGAAUUACAUCCUGAGAGCACUGGGACAAAUUAUGCUAUACGUAGAUGGGAUGAAUGGAGUAAUCAAUCAUAAUGAAACAAUCCAGUGGCUGUACACUCUCAUUGGGUCAAAGUUCCGUCUGGUUGUGAAGACAGCACUGAAGUUGCUCCUUGUUUUUGUGGAGUACACAGAAUCCAAUGCGCCACUUCUGAUCCAAGCAGUGUCCAGAGUGGAUGACAAGAGAGGUGUCAAGCUAUGGUCCAAUGUUAUGGAGAUCCUGGAAGAAAAGGAUGGGGUUGACACAGAACUUCUAGUUUAUGCAAUGACUUUAGUGAACAAGACGCUGUCUGGCUUGCCGGACCAGGAUUCCUUCUAUGACGUUGUUGACUGUCUGGAAGAACUGGGGAUAGAAGGCAUCUCCCAGAGACACUUGAAUAAGAAAGGAGCAGACUUGGACUUAAUAGAGCAAUUCAACAUUUAUGAGAUGACCCUGAGGCACGAGGAUGGCGAUAACAAUGGUGAACCCCCUCCCAGCGGCCGCAAAGAUCGAAGAAGGUCCAGCUUUGGCUGCAAUGAACGAAGGGGGCUGGAACGCAGGAGGAGCCGGAGGCAUUCUGUCCAGAGCGAGAAGAAGACGUUGUCUGCCCCUCCCAGCCCCUCUCCUCAAGCAAGCCUUGCGGGGAGCCACGGGCAGGGCGAGGAGGAGGAGGAGGAGGAAGAGGAGGAGGAAGAGGAGCAACCAGUCACAGAACCUAAUUCAGAGGAGGAGGGGGAGGAAGAGUCCUCUAGGCAGGUCCAAACCAGAAGACUUCCAGAAGGACAGGAGGUUGGACAUGGUUCACAGAGUUCUGAGACUUCCGCCACCUCAGGUGUAUUUUCUCAGGAUGAGAGGCUUCCUGUGGGCUUUAGGGCAGAGAAUUCACCCAAGAACUCAUCAUCAUGCCCUGUGCCUGAUCCAUUUGCUUCACACCAUUGUUCUCUCCAUUCAUCACCCUCAUCUGUAUCCAUCAACUCUUCCCAGAAUUCAUCAUCCGUCACACCAAAGGCAUCCCCAACUGUCGAUAAAUUACCUUACGUCCCACACAGCCCCUUUCAUCUGUUCUCCUAUGAUCUUGAAGCACCUCCAGCACCUGUUAAAGAGAAGGAAACAGAAGGGAUUAGGGAACACAGUCCUUCUGAAAACCUGCCUGUGAACAAAUUUUCUGACUCCUUCGAUCCUUUUAAUUUCCACUCUUUGUCUUCUCUUAGGUACAGUGGCUACAGCAACAACUCCUGUUCUUCCACGUUACCUCAUUCUGGAUUAAGUACACCUACAACACCCAAUUCUCGCCAUGCUGCAUCGCCACCCGAAGAGGCCAAAAUUGAGAGGCCAUCCUUGGGUGGUCUACUUACAUCGUCGUAUCGGCAGCACCAGGAGUCUUUGGCAGCGGAAAGAGAGAGGCGACGUCAGGAGAGGGAGGAGAGGCUGCAAAGGAUAGAGCGGGAAGAAAGAAACAAGUUCAAUCGUAAUUAUCUAGACAAAAGAGAGGAGCUAAGACAAGCAAGAGAAGAGAGAUACAAAUACUUGGAGAAAUUGGCAGCUGAAGAGUAUGAGAAGGAGCUGAGAAGUCGGAGUUUAUGUCGGGGCAAGAGUGACUUAUCCUUGAACCUGGGCUCUUCUUCCGUCCCAGCCUCUCCCAUUCCGACAUCUGCGAGCCCCACUUCAACAGAUUCUCAGGAGGAGCCAAAGUCCCCUGUGACAACUCGCAGGGCAUCUCAGAUCUCAGAAGUGAGUGCCAGUGAACCUGAAUGUGAACCAGAACCUGAGCCAGAGGCAGAAACAAAAACAGAGCAGGAAGACGGGGCAGACUUGGAGCAGGGGGCAGAAACACCCCAAGAAGUAGAGGUUGCAGAGGUGGAGCCAGGAAGCGGAGUGGCGCAAGGUCCAGAGCCAGAGGCAGAAGAAGGUGCAAUACUAAGUGAAAAAGAGAGGCAGAAUGAAGAAGUGAAUGAAAAAGACAAUUGUUCUGCAUCCAGCAUUUCCUCAGCAAGCAGCACUUUAGAGAGGGAGGAAAGGGAGGAAAAGUUGGCCAGUGACAAUGAAACUGGUCCAUGGUUACAGACCAUUCAAGAUGUUGGUGUGAAUGACCAGUGCAGCAACAUUCUCAAUAACAAGAGGUUCAUGUUGGACAUGUUGUAUGCCCAUAACAAGAAGCCCAAGGAUGAAGAAGAUAAAGAGCUGGAGGAGAAGGAGGAGGAAAAGGAGAUGGUGGAGGCAAGUGAAGACUCUAUCACUAGCCUGGCCAGUAGGAUCUCAGUUCUGAAGGCUACCAAACAGGCCAAAGAUGAAAGUGUCAAAAGAAUGGAGAUUGGGAAUUUGGACAACCAGGGCAGCGUCAAGGCCUUUGCAGAAAGAUUCAACAAUGGGGAACUGGCCAAGACCUCCAACUUUCCUGAGAGUGAUUUUAGUGAAAAGGUCUCUGAAAAAACACCAGUGCAGCCUAAGAAGGAAUCUGACUAUAUCUGGGACCAGCUCAUGGCCAAUCCCAGAGAACUGAAAAUCAAAGAUAUGGAUUUUACAGAUUUACGGGAUGAGGAUGAUGUGGACAUCUUGGACGUGGAAAUGGGUUCUGGUGACUCCUUAGCUCCCCCUCCUCCACCCCCACCUUCCUUUUUAGGUUUGCCUCCUCCACCCCCUCCCUUGUUUUAUGGGUGUCCUCCUCCACCCCCACCCUCUGGUAAUUUAUUGGCACCCCCGUCCCUCUUCGGCAUUCCUCAGGGUUUAGGAUCGCCCCCGCUUCCCAGAGGUCAGCCAGCCUUUAUAAAAAAGAAAAAAACAAUCCGUCUAUUUUGGAAUGAGGUGAGGCCAUUUGAGUGGCAGUGUAAGAACAACAAGCGCUGCAAAGGAUUCCUGUGGUCAAAACUGGAGCCUAUUAAGGUGGACACUUCCAAACUAGAGCACCUCUUCGAAUCUAAAUCCAAGGAACUUCCUGUCACCAAGAAAACUGCUGCAGAUGGCAAGAGGCAGGAAAUCAUUGUGUUGGAUUCGAAGAGGAGCAACGCUAUUAAUAUUGGCCUGACGGUCCUGCCCCCUCCAAGGACGAUCAAGACUGCAAUUUUGAACUUUGAUGAAUAUGCCUUAAACAAGGAAGGAAUUGAGAAAAUUCUCACCAUGAUUCCCACAGAAGAGGAGAAGCAGAAAAUUCAGGAGGCUCAGUUGGCCAACCCUGAUAUUCCUCUUGGCAGUGCUGAGCAGUUCCUUCUGACUCUUUCUUCCAUCACUGAACUUUCUCCUAGACUUCAGCUCUGGGCAUUCAAAAUGGAUUAUGAGCUUGUGGAAAAGGAGGUUGCAGAACCACUUCUGGAUUUGAAGGAAGGAAUGGACCAGCUUGAAAACAACAAAACUUUGGGAUUUAUCCUUUCUACUCUACUAGCCAUUGGAAAUUUUCUCAAUGGAACCAAUGCCAAAGCCUUUGAACUGAGCUACCUCGAGAAAGUUCCAGAAGUCAAGGACACGGUGCAUAAGCAGUCUCUCCUUCAUCACGUCUGUACGAUAGUGGUGGAAAAAUUCCCAGACAGCACGGACCUUUAUUCUGAGAUUGGGGCCAUCACGAGGUCAGCCAAGGUUGACUUUGAACAACUUCGGGACAACUUAUGUCAAAUGGAGAAACGGUGCAAAGCAUCAUGGGAUCACCUGAAGGCCAUAGCAAAGCAUGAAAUGAAACCAACUCUAAAGCAAAAGAUGUCUGAGUUCCUUAAAGACUGUGCAGAAAGAAUAAUAAUUUUAAAAAUUGUCCACAGAAGAAUAAUUAACAGGUUCCACUCCUUCUUGUUAUUUAUGGGAUACCCGCCUUACGCAAUCCGUGAAGUCAACAUCAAUAAGUUCUGCAAAAUUAUUAGUGAGUUUGCCCUGGAGUAUCGCACCACGAGGGAGCGCGUUUUGCAACAGAAGCAGAAGCGAGCCAACCACAGAGAAAGAAACAAAACCAGAGGGAAAAUGAUCACAGACACUGAUGAAGAAGAUGACACUGAGACUGGGAAAUUCUGUAGCAGCAGCUCUCCUCCACCUCAGAACCAACCGCAGGGGCUACAAUAUGCGGAAGAUGCAGUGGAACAUGAGAAUAUGAAGGCCGUCUUGAAGACUUCCUCGCCAAGUGGGGAGAACACCACCGUGCUAGGAGUGCGCACCCGAAGUCGGGCAAGUCGAGGUCGCGUUGGCUCGUGGAAUGCUGGCAAUGAUGAUUCGCCUAACGCUACAGAUGAUGCAGCAGACGAGAUCAUGGAUCGCAUUGUCAAGUCUGCCACACAAGUGCCAAGUCAGCGAGCAGUGCCUAGAGAAAGGAAGCGGUCAAGAGCAAACAGGAAGUCAUUAAGGAGGACACUUAAGAGCGGACUGACACCAGAAGAAGCCAAAGCACUGGGUCUGAUGGGCACUUCAGAGAUGCAGGUGUGAUAACAGCAUCCGUGUCAACUCCAAGAAGAGUCGUUGUCAUAUGCAGGCACAGGCACACAGGCUGCCAACAGUCUUUCAGUUUAGCAUUCUCCCGUCGGUUCCAUUUGCUGCUUUCCCCAUCUUCUUUUAGAUUCAUUUUCAUAAUAUUGAAGCAGGUUUUUAAAAAAAGGCAACACAAAGGGCUAUAAUAAAAAAAAGUGUGUAACAGACCAGUAAAAUUAAGUCAGGGCUGUGGGGGAAGAGGUGAUGUGGAAAUUGCCUAAUGCUGUUCUGUCUUCUUCAUGCUGCAUUGAUGUGGUCUCUAAGAAGGUUUUCCGUAUUUUGUAUUUUGUGAAAGGUGUUUAUGUUCAUUUUCCUCGUGACCUUUUGUAAUAAUUGUAAAGUACUAUAUGUUGUCAGUUCGAGGGCAGUUCUUUAAAUAGGCAAACAAACUUCUGUCACAGUUGCGAUGACCUCUCUGAAGACAAUGUUGUGAAAUAGAAGCACGCCAUGGAUUUUUAUCUUUCCACCAAAGAAUGUAAAAAUGUAUGUCUACUUGUGUAUAUACCGAGUAUGUGUGUGCAUGUGUGCGUGCACACACAGCGUGCGCACGCACACGCGCGCACACAUGCGCCUACCGAGUCCAGGUGCCUUCAACUUUCAAGCAUUCUGUCCUGCAUGAAGGGAAAUCCUUUUUACAGGAACUCAUUCCACUAGGACAUUUUUAUACCGGGACCUCUCGCAAACAUGUACAUGCACAUUCAACAUAAUAGCACAGGUGCGCAGGGAUAGCACAGAGUACCUCUUGUCACUCAGCUGUAGAGAUGUAUAUAUAAAUUAUAGCAGUAUGCCAGCAACUAGCCGGAGACAAAAGAGGAUUUGCUGUCAAGGUCAAGUAGGAGUUUUGUGCACAUGCGUGGGCUGAUUAGGCUAUUUUCUUAAUCUGAUGUAGCAAAGCAUACAGUCAAGCCCACUGGAUACAAGGGUCCUGCUACACUCCUUUCCAGUUACAUUUUCAACACCACCACAAACCAUGUAAACAACAACGGAGAACGCAAGACAACAGGGAAUAGAGACCGUUUCCGGCCUUGCACAUGGAAACUGUCCCCCAUCCCCCAAAAUGAUGGGGAUAUUUGAACAUCCAGAGACUUCCUUUCCGAAGUGUACAGAAUGUAGUUUAAAGAAUGUACUUGAGAGAGGUUUCUUCUGCUUAUUUCCAUGGCUUUCAUGGAGCAGCUCUUUAGAAACACCCUAUCGUGGAAAUAUUCAAGAAUCAAACACAUUCAGUGUUUCCCCUGUUCUUGAAGACUGGUAUAAAAGGGAACUUUUUACACUUAAACAUACCUCUAAGCUAGUGGUACUAAAGAAGGCAUAACGAUUGCAUCACUGUUACCAUGCCAGCCAAUGGCUCAACACUUGAAAAACAAACUUGAGAGAAGGUUGUACAUCAUUCUGGCGGAUUCCAGUCACAGCCUUUACGCAGAAAGCCAAAUAUACUGGCCAUACAACUAUAAGAAAGGAGUGUGAGAAAUUCCAUCUGUACGUUACUUCUCUCACUCAACCGCUGGAUUUUGUCCCAUGAGUUACUGUUGCUAUUAACUUUGACCUUGCCCCUCUAAGGGGAUGUUUGUCUCUUGUAACAGCUACCGUAGGGCUCCUGGAUAAUGUGUACUCCCUCAGUUUUGACAUACUGUUUAUUUAGCGAUUCUGCAAUGAUAUGGGAGGGUUGUUGUGUUUUAAUAAACCCAGUCAGUGUGCAUUUUUUACUAAAGAGGGAAAGGCAUUGGCCAGUAAACUGAAGGAAAUUGAAUGUAUUUAAUCAAUAUUUCAUUUAUUUCAGGAGAAUGAGGUUAGUCUCUGGCAGAGGGGUUCCUAAAUCCUUGCUAUCAAAAGCAUACCCCCCACCUCCUAUAUCAAAGGAUCUUCUUCCAUAAUAAAGUAGUAAGUUAUUGCAGAUUUCCAAAAUGGUUUGAGAAAUGGCCUGAAACACAGCUGGUAAACUGGUUGAAAUGCUCAGGCACAAAAACAAUAAUUAUGUUUACAAUUGCUACAGAUUUUAUGCUCUAGAAGAGCACACACAGUCAUUUUACAUUAACCAGGAUUUUUUUUUUUGGGGGGGGAACCAUCCUAAAUGGUUGCAUUUACCUGUCUGCUUAACAACAUCCAUUUGGCCAUUUUUAUGAUUACUGAGAUUUAUACUUACUUUUCAGUCAAAUUCCCAGUGUAGCUUAUGAAAUUUCAUUUCUUAAGAGGCACUUGUCAUAAGCACUUCUGGUACUUAUUGAGCCAGAACAUAUUAGGAUUAUACAAAGAUACAUCUAUAUAUUUUUUCUAGAGAGCAGGGGUGAGAGGUCCUGCUUCCCUGUUCCUGUAAAAUAUGGUGUCCUUAACUGCCUACUAGUUAGACAGUAGCCCAGUACUCCAAAAAAGCACAUUUUAUACAUGACAGCAAACAAAUGUACAACUGGUCCUUCAAGGAUUGCCAUGUUGCUCUUUUUAUUUACCAUUGGCAAAUAAAACCCUCUCAGAUAUUUCGCCAGAAUAUUUUUAUAAUGCCAGUGGAGUUGUCCCACAGGAAAUGUUUUCUAGGUUGCUGGUAUGAGUUGGGAUCCAAACGGCCACUUGAGCUCACGCACAAGGAUUUCACUGGCCCAACCAGAGUCGUGUCAUUCUCUUUGAAAAUCCAGUAUCUAUCCCAAACAACCAUCUGUUUUGAAACUACUGUUUCCAAAACAGUUUGCAAUGCAAAAUAGUGGUGGGCCGGCCUUCUUUUUGUAUGGAAACACUAACAUAUACCAAUCCAGGAGCUCGUGGAAUGAGUUUCAUUGAAUCCUCACUACGAUCACCCAUUUAUUAAAAGUUUGGCCAUAGGUACUCAUCUGGGAUUGACAGAUCUCCUCCUGUGUUCCGAAUGAAAUGUGCUCAUGAUUCUAGUUUGCAUGCAAGAAAGAGACACCACCAAGCGAACCUAUACCUUCGUUUUGUUUGCCUUGAAGGUUUUCAGUAAUGUAUUCCAGUUCUGUCUUGCUGCCAAGGGACUGUUCACACAUCUGCAUGAUGUUAUGCUGUUCCUUUGAUAAGGACAUAGACAGAUACGAGCAUUUAUCAGGUGCUGCCAAAAAAUCUAAUUGUUUCAAGGCUUUGAAAGUGAACAAUAUCCAAGUCAAUCCUAUCUUCAAACUGAAGGAUAAUCGUCAGUGGCAACAGUACAUUUCAAGCGCAGUAGCUUCUGAGCCAUGCAGCAGAAAUGCCCAAAGGAAUUCCAUGCAACAUGCUUCAAAACGUAAUAUCACAGCAGAACCUACAUUUUUCACUCACCGCUGCUUUGUUGGUUCAAACAUCUACAUAACAGAUUUCAGAUGUUAUGUAACAAGGGAAUAUACUUGUCCGCUGAGCCCUACCUGUCAUUUUCCCACAAGCCUUAAUAAUUGUUUUCUUGAGUUCAAAAAGAACUCUCAGCUAAAAAUGGCAAUGCAAAGAAUUCCUCAGCGUGAAUAGUGUAACAUUCAAAAAAAUGCACCAAAAGUAACCAUGCAGUUUUCUUUAGAAGCAAUGUCUAUUUUGAAGUCACAUGGUUCAGUCUCCCCUCCUAUUCUGAAUGUUGGUUGUAGUUGGUGAAAAGCAAAAAUGUUGAAGGUGUGGCAUGUCACAGUGACUAUUCAGGUCACAGUGCAAAGCCUGGCAACAUGAUCAAGGCUAUCCACUGCCUUUAACUCAUACAGCAGUCUGCAGAGUUCAUUCUUCAAAAACGUUGCUAGCUCUUACUAACUUCAGCUGAACUUCUAAAUCUGACCCCCGUUUAUUAAAAAAUGUUUUCAGUCGAUGGCCUUGAAAGGAAUUGCUUUAGGUUGAAUAUUUGCAGCUCUCCCCAUCCCCAUGUACACUUUUCAUUCGUCCAUUAACACUCAAAGGUUUUCUAGAAAGCCAUACUCAGGCAAUUAUUAGCCAGGAAUGCAAAUACCAUUUUAGAUUUGUAAACUGAUGCAGUCCUGUUGCUGGACGCAAGAACAUGGCAAGUAACAUGCACAGCCUAUAUGUCUUCUCAGAUGUAAGCCCCUUUGAAUUCAAUGGACUUACUCCCCGGUAAGUGUGUUUAGGCUGGCAGCCUAGGUGGGUCAGGUUUCUUAGUUUUCUAUAUAUAUUGUUGCUAGUAAUAUUCAGGGAAAGUCAUGUAACGUUAAUGAGACUUGGAUUUUGGACACGAUCCACUUGGAAGUUCUCCUGUGCAAGUUCCAUUUGAGUGCUCUUUCCCAUGCAUUUCAGGAGCACAUUCAUUUGUGCAGGAGAGUCUUGCGGUGAAUUCCCUAUCCAGUCUUCUACACCUUUCAAAUAGUUUUGGAUUCCUCCUCCAUCCAGAGUGUAAAGCAAAAGAUUGCACUUUCACAAAUAGCCUCCUUAUUCUGUAAAGCACAGAGAGCUUUGUGUUUUCCUGGUCAAAAUGAAGCAUUUCUUUAUUAGAAGUUGUAGUAAAAAUAAUUUCCACAUUCAUCAAUUAAUGUGAAGUGGGGGUGGGGUUCACAUGUAGUUACUUAACAAUUCACUUAGAUACAUGACUAAUUCAAAGGAGCAUUCUAAAGACUGUAUAAUUUACACACAUGCAAGGGGAGAAAUCCUUUAAUUUUGAAAUACUUUACUUUGCUACCUAAAGCAUAGGUAUGGAUGGCUUACAACUAUCCAUCACUAAGUUUUAACAGCUGUGAAAUACAAGAUUUUUGUGUGAAUGAAGCCCAUUUGUGAUGUUGGGUUACAUUUCCCUUUUCAAAGGACUGGCUUUGGACUUCUUGUGUCUUAUCUGUGAACUGGGAAUUUAAAAAAGAUAUAGUUCUAAAGUAGAAAAGGACACGUUUCUAGACAAAGAAUUAUUGUAAAAAUGUGUAAAUGUGACUAGACUUUGUUUUGUGUGUAGCAUAGUGUAAAAUAAGCUUUUUUUCCAGCAGUGUUAUUCUAUGAAUUGUAAUUUAAGAACAAGCCAUGCAUGGUCAAAUAUAUAUCCUGCAGGGAACACACACGCACACCAUUGUUCAUUUUGUUGUUUUCCUGGCUGUAGGCAAAGACCUGUAAAAUGUUGAAUUUAAUAUUGCAUCCUCACAGUUUUACUUAAUGAAGAACUUGAAUUAACUCCCUCCCCCCCAAAAAAAAAAAAUUUCCUGCAUCCCAGCACACUGAUAAUUUGUCGCAAUCUUCAUCCAGUUUUGGCACUACAUUGAGUAUAACAGGAGUUUCCUUUUAAAAAUACUCAACACCUAUCUCUGCUCCCAAAUUAAUCUUCUGUUUUAGAUUUAAAAAGUUUGUGCCAUGCAGGCUUAGAAUAUUGACCAUUGACCUGUGCCCAGAAAUCUCUGAUAUAAUUUUAAAGUUCACUUCUACCGCAUUAUGUAAACACAUCAUGCAAUAAAGCUUUCUAAUGCA